ACGUGAGCAGUAAUGAUACCAUAUGCUACAAUAUACAGAAGCUCUUAACACCCAUGUCCAAGGGCUGCCAAUACCACAGUCGUCGAAUGAUUACAAGUCCUGCAGAAUGCUUCUGCAACCAUGAAGCCACCAUCUCUCUGGUUGCUGGGAUACUGGGAGACAACAUAUGAGGGAAAUGUUUCAUCAGCAGUUAUCAUAAGAGCUUUGAAAAGGUGAACAUGACCAGGUUAUUCAAGUUAAUUCACAAUACACAGCCACCAUUAACUCUGUGACCUUGACCUUGGAGAAAGCCACGGGGUUCUCGGCCAGCAUUCCUCCAGAGAAGAGACUCAAACAAUGUGAUCUCAAUUACAGGAAUCCAGCACAUGCUAGGGUGUCUUGAUUGGCAAUAUUUUUAGCUAUCUGGCGCCAAUUCCGUGGACUGAAACAAUAUUAGACAAUUCUUACAGUCUCAAAUGUGUGUGUACCGAAUUUUUUGCUGCAAAAGAAUUAAGAAAGUUUCAUUUCUCUGGAGAUUUGAAUCAACGGCUGAAAACUUUAGAGACAUUUUUGAAUAAACAGUGUAAAAAAAUCAUACUCAAAGUGUGUUGAGAACUGAGAAAGAACGAACCAGCUUAAAAAGUCCUCGUGGGAAAAUAUGAAAAUUGGCACAAGUCAAAGGGAGAGUGAGAGGAUGAGAGGUUUAUCUGCUGCCAGAGGAUUCCACCACACCAAUAAUGUUUGAUGUGUUUUAGAGGUUUGUCCACAUUCACUCAUUUCCCACCACUGCACUUCAUCUUGAAGCCGGUUAUCCACUGAAGCUGAGUGUAACACAAGUGUGGCAAGUCAAUAUUGUGAAAUCCAGCAAGUUUAUCACACAGAAAGUUUGAGAUCUCAACUAUAAAAAUUGAAGUUAUUUUACCAGAAGAAGGGUUUAAGCACUAAAUUAAACAGUGCUGCAGACCCAACAAUACAUUAAGUGCAACCCUACAUACAUUGCACUAAUUGAAAUUGUCUCAAGGUAAUGGACUGUUGAAUUCACUUUGGUAACACCAAACGAAGGUGAUGAGGUUCUUCAGUCCCAAACUGUGCAUAUACAGGUCUUGAAUGAAGUGCUCUUCAGGACAUGUUAUGGAACUCUUAUGUUCUUCGUCACAGCUUUUGUGUGAUGCCACAAGUUGACCUCAUCUAAUUGACAUUCUAGGAGGAUUUUUCAAGAAGCAUUAAGUGUUGAUUCAAUCUUACCACCAUACAGCAUCCAACAUUGUGUUAAAGGGUUGUAAUCAACUUGAGACGUUAUUGCUCUCUUGUAAACUUGUCAUUAAAAACUUCAUUUCCAUCAAGAUUCUACAUGGAAAAAAGCUUAGCUGCUUGAAAAUGAUUACGUCUUAAAUGUGAUGUGAAUAAUGAAACUUUUAUUCAAUUAUCACCAAUGAAAUGACACCAAAAAGAGAUCAAGGUUAAAAGGGAAAUGAGGAUGAAACAAUAACAGCCAAUAUUUUGAAACAUAAAUAUAUAUAUACUACAGAACCCAUGGUUACUCCUGUGUGUUGCAUUUAAAUUCAAGAUGGAUAUGGAAGAUAUUCUGUUAAAUAUGGACUUUGAGAACAUGUCCUCAGAGGAGAUUGCGCAGCAGUUUGAGCUGUACUCCAACUUCUCCCAAGACAUCAAGCAGACUGACUGGGACAUCCUGAAGGACAAGCGAUGGCAAGUGGUGGUCAUCAUCCUCUAUGUAGUUGUCAUCGUGUUCGGGUUCUUGGGCAACCUGGUGGUGGUGAUAGUGAUAGCAAAAUACAAGCAGCUGCAUACAGUGACCAACAUCUUCAUUGCCAACCUGGCUGUGGCGGACAUUGCUCUGUGUGUGUUUAACCUUCCCUUUCAGCUUCACUACCAGCUGACAGACACAUGGACAUUUGGUUCUAUUCUAUGUCACAUUACCAUGCCCACUUUUGGAGUGCCUAUUUUUGUCUCCUCUCUGUCCAUUCUAAGCAUAGCUGUUGACCGGUACAUCCUCAUUGUGUUUCCCUUCAGACAGAGGAUGACCAAUGUGUUUGCGCUGGGUGUUGUUGUUCUUAUUGGUUGUGUAACAACAGGUUUGGCCAUACCUCUCAUGGUGUACACUCGUGUGGAGAUCAUUGAUGAGCCCUUGUUUAAACUGUAUCAAGUGUACUGUGUCGAAAACUGGCCUUCGUACAAAAGUAAACGGGCAUAUGCUGUUACAGUGUUUGUGCUGCAGUUCUGCAUUCCACUCAUGUUAACGACCUUCUUCUAUACUCAUAUUUGUGCAGUGUUAAAGAACAGGCCGAUCAAAAAGAAUGAAACCAGACGAAACCAAAGAACAACCAAGAUAUUAAUUGCUGUGGUUUUAACAUUCACUCUGUGCUGGCUUCCAUGGAAUAUAUUCAGCCUGACAGCAGAGUUCCAUCAUAGUGUUGUUCGUGGGAAGUAUUUUAAACUCAUUGACCUGUUACUGAAAAUAUUUGCCAUGAGUUCCUCAUGCAUAAACCCCUUCCUUUACGGUUGGCUUAAUGACAACUUCAGAAAAGAACUUGGACGAAUGGUUGGGCAUCAGAAUGGAUUUGGUCGUGUCGAUCAUACAAAUGGCUAUUCCUUAGCUCCACCAACCAAGAAGACAAACCUGCAACAAAGUCCCCGGAUUGAAAUGGACCGACACACCACCCCAUACUAACAAAUGAUUUCAAGGUGGCAAGUGAAGAUCCAUUUUCAUUACUGUUUGCUCAAAGGAAUAUAGUGUGUCAUUUGUUUGUCUUUUUUUAUAAAAGCAAGCACAUUUUCCAGAGUGUGAGGACAUCCUGGCCAGUGUAACAUAGCUGGUGAGGAGGCUGCAGGUUCUGUCUUGUUAAAGAAGGAAUGUGAAAUGUAAUUAAAGAGGCAAUCUGAAGACCACUUUUGUGGAUUAUGAACUUGCUGACUUCAGUGUUUGUGGGAAAUCAUUUUCCACAGGAUGCGGACAAAGAUUGUGACAUUCAAUGUGGAAAAUAGGAUGACACAGUCAAACAUUUGCAUGCUCUCCAAAUAUCAAUGAACCUUGUUGAGAAAUCUUCAUUAGCAUGAAUAAAUUCAUUAAUGGAAAACCCACCAUUCAAAGUUAAUUGACCACUAACAGGAUUAAGGAUAGUGUAAGCAAUGCUUCUUUUAUGUUUUGGUUGUAGAAUAACUAUUAUGAUGAAACAUAACAAUAGCAGUAUCACCAACAUUUCUGUCACUAUUUUCACAACAUGCUAAACAUGCUAAGGACUACAACAUACGUUAGUGUCAGCAUGGUCUACACAGAGAUGCCAACCCUAAUUUAGCCCAGUUAGUAUUUUGGCCAAAAACUGAUGCAAAAAUUAGUAUUUUGUG